AUGGGAGCUCUAUUUUUGGCAACGAGAGCCACCAUUAAUCUCUCUAAAGUUUUGUCUAAGGAUCACCCUCGUUAUGUUGAUUCUGCCGACAGAUUUUUCAGGGCUUGUUUUUCCACUGCUUUUGAACGUGCUCAAGGUAGCAAUGCAGGAGCAGAGACAAGGAGAGAAGGAAACGGCCCAGGCUUGUAUGGGGCCAAACAACAAGCCCUAGACCCUGAUGAACGUACAGGGAUAGGAGCAACACAGUUUGUGGCUGACACAGCCAAAGAAGGGGUUAGAAAAGCAACACAAGUAGCAGACACGAUUGGGGACUCAGCUGAGAAAACAAUGGUUGGUGCAUGGGAAGUAGCCAAGGAGGCUAACCAAAAGAUUAGAGAGGCAGUAGUUGGUGGAGAUGACCAUAAUAACAAUCAUCGUAACGAAGACGACAGCAAUAAUGAUGUGGACGAUCCGGUGGUUGUCGAGGUUCAUAAGAUUGAUGGACCAGUAGAGUACAGAAAAAUUGAAGGAAAUAUUGAUAAUUUAAGAAGAAUAGUAAGGUUUCUGAAUCGAGAUAAAAUGAGCUUCAAUAAUUUUCCUUUAGCCUUCAAUCUGGAGAUGUUUCAAGCUCUCACUCCUAAUCCUAGGAAAAUAUUGCCAGAUAAAUUCCAAAUUGAAAAGAUAGGACUACUUGACAAAGACUUGAAAGAUCUUCAUCUUAUCAAACAGCUGUUAGGUUCUCUUUAUAAACGUGAAUUGUUCUUCUCCAAAGCAAAGUCAUGA